GUCAUAAAGAAGUGUCGGAGCGUACCAGUACUGGCGCGCUGUUUUCUCGGCUAGCAGUUUUCACAGUGACAAUAGGUUUAUUUGUUUCAGAGGCACCGGAAAUCCAGAUACUUGUUGCUAUAGUGACGGGACAGCGUUCAAAGUAUGUGAGAGAAGAGAAUUUCUUCUCCUGUGUUUGUUUGGACUAAACAUUGUGCAACCAACGUAGUUGCUAACUCGUUCCUGACUGAAAAAUAACUUUUAUUAGAGUGUCGUGAAUACUCGUGCAACGUUCUAGGACAGCGACGUGAAGUGUGGGUGCCGUGUUUAAUCUACAAGCUAGGCAGCUGCAAACACAACACUGAGGAACUGCCAGGACGGGACGAUACAUCUCACAAAAUGGCGUUGAACCUCGAAGAUUAUUUCCGAACUGUCUAUGAAGACAAGUUGCUUGUUAAGAUGCCGGAGAGGGAGGACGAGUAUCUGACGCCAGCAACACAACUCCUGGAGAAGAGGAGGGAGAUGAGCGAGGUUGAGCAGGCACUGGCAGCACAGAAAGAGGAGUUCCAGAUGAAGAUGGAGAGCCUGCAGCAGCGCAGAGAGGAGCUGGAGAGGAAGGAGGAGCAGCUCAAGGAGUCCCUGCUGAAAUUCAACAAGUUCCUCAAAGAGAAUGACUUGAAGCGCAGCCGCGCUGUGAAGAAGGCGUGUGAUGCGAGGGAGAUGGCGCGGCAGAAGGACAGGGAUAUGGAGAGGCUGGGAGAGGAGAUAGCUGUCCUGGAGGCUAAAAAGGAGCGCCUGCAGAGGAAAGUGGAGAAGAACGCCAUCUUCUGGAAGUACCUGGAGAAAGUGUCCAAAAAAUCAGAAAAGCUCCAGGAGAUCCGUGAGAUGAUUGGCCGCUUUGACACGCUGAUCUCCACUCGGGAGCAGCUGCUGCGCAAAGCCAGUGACAACCAGGAGAAGCUGGAGAGCCAGCGGCUGGAACUGCAUCACUUCACCGAGGACAAGAGCACCCAGGUCCUGUAUUACAACAACGAGCUGGCCGUCCUGCAGGGGUGUCUGGACCAGGCCUGCUCCAAAGCUGUCAAAUGGGAAUCAAAGUGGAACCACAUCCAGAACACAGCAGCCAAGAAGACUCUCCUUCUGGGGCAGAUAAAGAUGGCCUCUCUGAACCUAUUGCAGCUGGUGAACAAGCAGGCAGGAGAGCAGGAGGCCGAGAUCCCCAUCGAGGACACCGAUGGACAGCUCGACAGGAUUCAGAUGUUCAUCUUGGACCAGACAGAUAUCCUCCGUGAUCUGAAGAGGAUGGACGCCAAUCCCACCUCAAACACACAGUCAAACAACCAGUAGAAGAUAACAAUUUAAGAACACACAAGAGAAUGCGAUCCCCGUAUCAGCUUCACCCUGGAGAGAAACCAGACAAUUAGACAGACACACUGCUACCACUCUACUAGAUAUGGAUAGUUUUCAAAUAGAAAAAUGAAAGCACUGCACAUCUGCACUACCAUUUCAUAGGCUGCAUUUUCCUAUAAAAAAAGAAACAUUGGGAAACAUGUUUAAGCCACUAAUGAACCGGAGGGCAAGGUAUAAACAAGUAACGAUGGUUAAAGAAAAAAAAGGACAGUAUUUCACAGCAUAGAGCAAUUAAAACCAGUGCAGCAGUUGUCAAUAUUUUUUUUAGCUCUGCUGGAGCACUGCAGCCCUAUGAAAAUGUCAGCGAAGGGUGACUACAUGACUUCAUUGUCGCUGACCUUGGCGCCCACUAGAUCACGGCAUUUAAUUGUGAAAGACUGGUUUCACAGACCCCGAUUUGCACAAGUCUUGUACUACUUUUUCUAAGCUAGAACUCGGUAGUGCAAGAGUAGUGAUAAUUGGGGUCAGCGAAACUAGGCGGAAAUAAAUUGUUUGCAGUUUUAAAUAGAGCAAUCAGUGUCAGAAUGUCUUCCAAGAACCUCAGCAGGAUUCUUGCAACAGAGGGGGUUUAAUUACUGUGCCAAUGCCAUCAUGUUCCAAUUCACAGCUUAUCAAGUACUUGGGGGAAGGAUCUUUCUAUUUAUCCACUUGCGUUCUAUUUGGCUACACUUACAGCUGCUUUGUGUUCUGGGGAGCAACUGCAGCCAGUCUUGUGGUCCAGUAGUGUGUGCCUGGCUUUACCAUAAAGUAUAUGGUCAACACUUCGGUCCUGUAAAUCAUGACAUUCCAGACACAUUUUUGCUGUGUGUAGCUAUGAUCUCAACAGGUAUAAACUGCUAGUCUUAAAAGAUGAAGGGUGGCAGACUCCAUUUGCUGGUAACAGAAAGCUGCCCACAGCACUCUCCAAAGUGGCACCCUUGUUACAAAUCAUCUUUGCACUAAAAUGUGGAUUUAUUUGUAAAAGAAAACAAAGCUGUUGUAAAGGAUCUUUAUUUAUUCAUUGAAGUAGAGCACAUUGUUUCUGGGCGUUUCUACCCCAUUGGGGCAACACAAAUACAGCGUGAAAGCAAAGAGCACCAUUGUUCUAUAAUGUUAACGCAAAUCUAUCAUUAACAAAGAUGAUACUAGUCUUGUUAUUGUCAUAUGUUUUUGCCAGUUUAGGGAGACUGACCACAGUCUGGCUGCAAUUUAAUGUCAAUGAAGCACAGGUUUUAUAAACAUAAAUACCAAAUACUGUUCUGAGUUUGUAAAGAAUUUAAAUCCUCAAAAACUUUAACCCUUGAAUUCCCUAAUUAAAUGCCUAUGCAAUACAUUUGUGUUCUAAUUAAAUUAAACGGUUUGAACAGGUUAUUUUUACAAGUGUUUGUCCAAAAACUGUUAUGUUUAGAAUUCCAAACUAGGAUAUAAAACCAUGAUCCCAUUGGUUGCUAUAUGAACAAAAAUGCAGUUUGUUUUUAGAAUCCUGGUGGCUUUCAGGAAUAACAUUGGGAAUCAAAGGGUUAAAAGGGAUGAAUUCAAGCUAAGAGCAGACUGUGUUUAGAGGCGUGUCCGUGCACCACCAAGGUUAAGGCUGAGUGGAGGGUCAGUUAUUAAAUCUACAAAAGGUGCCUUUCCACCCCCCCAUUGAGUCCAGACAGGUCCCGACCCCUCUCCUUUGCAAUGGCGCAUCAGUGAGCAGCUCCC